AUGGCUUACCCUGAUUGCAUAGUCAUCAAUUGGAUUGAAAAUCCCUAUGUGGUUGAAUCCUCAUACUUUGAAGAAGAUGAUGAAAAUGAUGACGUUGGUGAUGAAGAAGUUAAUGAUAAUGAGAAUUCAGAAGCUGAUCAUCAAAAAGGAGCUGAUAAGGGAGAAGACACUGAUAAAGACGAAAAUAAUCCAGCAGCUAACAUGGGAGAUGACUUCACUAAGAAUAUGAACUCUCCCCCAAGGAAAAACAAGCGCAUACAUCUUUCAUCUACUUCUCCUACUGAUGACAUUGAACAUCGUGGAUCAACCCCUCCCAUUGGAGAUACUACUGAGCUUGUGAUCGAGGAUGAACCUUCUCCCAUGCCAUCUCCUUUUCCUCAAGCUGAUAUAGUACAUCACGUUGAAAUGGUUCCUCCAACACCAUCACCCAUUAAUGUUGUUGUUCAUCAUCAGGGUGACCAAGGAGAAGCCAGCUCCAACUCUGAAACUAAUGUGCUUUCCCAACUCUCCUUAAUUGUGCAACUGACGCAGUCAAUGAAUAAAAUAUUGACUAAAGUUGAAAGGAAUGUAGCUACAAUGAGGAGACUUAUGACCUUGGAUGGUGAAUAUGAUGAUGUUGAUACGACUGUUGAUGACACUCCACCUAACUCUCCAGGUGAUAACCCUCCUCCUACAUUAACAAACCCUCUUCCACCACCUCCUCCACCAUCACAUCCUCCUCCAAAAACUCCUUCUCCUCCUCCUAACUCUCCUCCCCAAUCUGAUGCUGCCAAAAAGGGGGAGAAUUUUCAAGAGGUCGUCAUCCAAUGCAGAUGGUUAUUGCAUCUUAGCCUAAGAUAA